CUCUUUGCAGCGCCCUCUGAAAUUUAGGUUAUACAGUGACGUCGACGGGCUAAUAGCGUACUUUGACAAUAUGUUGACACUUGCAAAUAAUCCAAAUCACACUGCAUACAGUCCAAAGCUUGCCAAAACCGUUUCCAUAAUACAUAUAACUACUUUUUGAGCAAUAGAGUGGUUAAGAACAAGAUGCCAGAAAAAACUAUUAGGGCAGAUUAUGUUUACCAGAAUAAAAACAAGAGAUACCUAAACCUACUUGUAUAUUCAUCCACAGCUUGUGACAAUGGUGAAGGUAACGUAAUAUUAUCCGUAUUUCACGGUCUUAAGGUAGUUAUUAAAAUAUCAUAUUAUGCCUUUAUACGCUACACUCAGAUCAGUUGCAAUAAGAACCUUAUACACAUAAAAAGAAUAUUAUAUAUUCUUUGUGUCACAAAUAUACGACACUUACUUAAUUUACGAUUAACUAGCCAUUUUCGCGACACUUCACUUGCGUAAAUUAUAUACGAGUAGACUAUAUCACUCCCGUAUAAUGUAACUUCCCGAAGGUGAACGAACUUUCAUGAUCAUAAUUUCCGAAGAUUCCUACAAAAACCAAAGUUAGAAAGUUUACCAUUUUAUAAUAUUAGUAUAUUUAAAGUAAUAAGCGCGUCAGUCUGCAAUGUGAUUAAACAACUUACCAAUGGUAU